AUGACCACAUAUGAAAAGAUUGUCAAGGGAGCCACCAAAGUAAAGGUGGCUGCUCCUAAACCCAAAUACAUCGAACCCAUUCUUAUGGCCACUUCAAUUGAACACUCGGUGGGAUCGGAAAAUUUCAAUACUAUCAUGAGAACUUUACAUUUACGAUUACAAGACAGUUCUUGGUCGGUUGUGUAUAAGGCUUUGAUUGUGAUUCAUAUAAUGAUUAGAGAAGGUGAUCGUGAUGUCACUUUGAAAUAUUUGUCGCACAAAGCUCAGAAUAUGUUGAACUUAAGUCAAACCAGCCUCUCCAUGAAUAGUAGCUUCAGUUCAGAUGUACGAUUUAUUAUGAAAUACUCAAAAUAUUUACUUACUAGAGUUAAGCAGUAUGAGGCUACCGGUAUUGAUUAUGUCCGUGAUGAAAGAUCGAACAAUAGCACCAAUCAACAAGGUGGUAGAUUAAGAACAUUGUCAAUUGACAAGGGAUUGUUAAGAGAAGUCGAGAGUGUCCAAAAGCAAAUUGACGCUUUGUUAAAGAAUAAUUUCAUGGAAAGUGAAAUCAAUAAUGAUAUUGUUUUGACUGCUUUUAGAAUGUUAGUGAAUGACUUGUUGGCUUUAUUUCAAGAAUUAAAUGAAGGUGUCAUCAAUAUCUUGGAGCACUAUUUUGAAAUUUCUAAAGUCGAUGCCGAAAGGUCUUUUAAAAUUUAUAAGAAAUUCGUUGAUCAAACAAAAUAUGUUAUUGACUAUUUAAGAGUUGCUAAACAUUUAGAAUAUGCUACAAAGUUACAUGUCCCCACUAUCAAACAUGCACCUACAGCAUUGACUAGUUCCUUGGAGGAAUAUUUGAAUGACCCUAACUUUGAAGCCAACAGAAGACAAUAUUUAGCUGAAAAGUCAAAUAAGCCGGUUGAUCCACCCAAGAAGCAACACUUUAGUUUAUCUCCAGAGCAACAAGACACAGUCAAACAAAUCGAUAAUAAACACCAGUCUUUGAUUGUUCAGCAAUCUACAUAUAAUCCAUGGGGUGCUAUAUUUGGUGACAAUACUCAACCACUGCAAGUACAACAAGAUCAAGCACAGGUACAAUUACAGCAACAACAAGCACAGUUGCAACAACAGCAACAGCAACAACAAGCUCAACAACAGGUACAACAACAAGCAUUGGAACAACAGGCUCAACAACAACAAUUGGCAUUACAACAACAGCAAUUGCAACAACAGCAAUUGCAACAGCAGCAAUUGCAACAGCAACAAUUGGCAUUACAACAACAACAACAACAACCACAUAUAAUUCAACAUUCAAACCCAACAGGUUUCUCACCUUUGCCUGCUAUUGUUCAAGGACAACCAUUUCAAGCUCCACAACUGCCUCCAACCUACAAUGGUGGAUAUGUUCCUCAACCACAACAACCACAACCACUCCAACGUCAAAAUACAAAUCCAUUUAUGCAACAACCAGUAGUACAACAAAUUACUCAACAACAAAUACAACCAGUGCAACAAAUUCAAGCUUUUCCAGGAUUGGCUAGAUCCAACACAAAUCCAUUUGCCACUAGAAGUGUCACCCAGCCAAUUCAACCUCUUCAACCACAAUCAACCAAUCCUUUUGGUAAUACUAGAUUUGCAUCAGGUAGUGGUACAACUGCAUUCACGAAUGGAUCACAAACUCAACAGCAACUGCCACUUAAAGCAAGUUCUACUGGAAGUAAUCCAUUUAAAGUUUCUUCAACCACACAAAACUUGUUUGAUAAUGCCUCAACUCAACAACAACAACCACAACAAAUUAAACCUCAAGCUACGGCAGGUGGAUUGGAGUUACUUCCUACAAUUCCGGUAUUCCCGGAAACUCAAAAGGAAGCCCAAAAACAACAAUAUAUGCAAAAUGCAUUCACUGGUAUUCAAGCACAAAUGCAACAACAACAGCAACAGGGAUUCCCUCAACAAGUAUUUCCGCAACAACAACAAGCAUUUCCUCAACAAGGAUUUCCUCAACAAUUUGGUGUGCAACCACAAUACACAAAUUACGAUGGCCCUAGUUUAAUUUAG